AUGUCCAUGGCCGAGUGGUCUGCCAGCCCGGCUGUGAAGCAGGAACUCUGCCAGCUUCGUGCCGGGCUCACCGACUCGAAGGCGCGGCACCUCGACACAGCUCUGCUUCUGGAGCGGCUGUCAGGCCAGAAUGCUGCGCUGCGCCUGCAGCUCCGAGAGGGCCGAGAGGCUCAGCCGGAGGCAGGAGCUCAGUCCUCUCUGCGCACGUCCAGGUCUUGUCCAACUUCCAGAGCGGACAAAGAAAACCGCAGUGAACUGCCAUCGGCAUCGGAGAAGCCGUGCACACCCAAGAGGCCGCAGGUGCAGAUCCCAUGCUCGGGAGGGCAAGUCGCAGGCGAGCUCGGGCUUUUAAGGCACCGGGUCUGGCAGCUGGAAAGAGAGCUGGAGGUAGAGAAGCGACGCAGCGCAGCGCUUCAGAAGAGAGUGGAUGGGCAAGAAGCGCAGAAAGCAAGCGAGGCUACAGAUGUGGCACAGCUGAGAAGCGAGCUUGCUUCUUUGCGAACAUGGGCGAAGCAGGUGCGGCUGGAGCAUGCAGCAGAGCAGGCCACAGCGGUCGCAGAGGCUUCCUCUCACUUCCUUCAGGCGCGAAUGAACGCCGACAAGCACACCGCCCAUGGGGAGACAGCAGACCAGCUUCGACAUGAAUUGCGGCGAGAAGUUGAGGCAGCCCGUCUGCUCCACAAGGAGGAAAUCCGAGUCGCCACAGCCGAGCUUUCUGCGCAACACACCUCGAACGAGUUGCGGGAGGAGUUGGCGGCUGCUGAGGUCUGCCGACAGUCCUGUGAAGAGAGUCGGCAGAAAGCCCGCCUGGAGGAGGAGGAGCUUGAGGCGAUCUCGACACUGCUCAGAACCGAAGUGAUCCAAUCGGAGAAGGCGAUGCAUGUGGCGCGUAUGGAGAAUCAAGUGAGGUGCCAGCAAGUCAAGGACCUGCGCCAGAAAGAGGCAGAGGAGCAGCAAGAGUACGACUCUUUGGCUUUAGAUCGCGACCGCUGGCGUGUGUGCUCCGCGAGCAUGGGCGAGAAUUACCAUCGAGAAGUCCUCGCUGCACAGCUCGAGCUAUCUGUGCGCAACCAGGAAGUGAGCCAGGCAUGCGCUGAGCUGCGUUCGGAGCUCACCGCAGCAGAGGCUGAGGUCAAUCCGCUCCGGACCAAGCUCCAAGAGGUAUCGGGCGAGAAUUCAUCUUUGUUGCAUGAAGGACGCUCUCUGAGGGAGCAAUUGGUGGAGUCUUUGCGAGAGGCCUCACGCAAUGGGGACCGACUCCUCGUGUCAUGGGAGAGGUGCAGAGCCGCCAGCGAGGAGGUCUCCUGUCUAAAAGCCGAGUUGGCCCAAGCUCGCGAGGAGGUCGCGGAGGUGGCAGAGGCGCUCGUGGAAGAGCAGUCCCAGGCGUCAGACCUGCGCUGCCGCCUGCGCAAGCCCGCGACUCACGAAAAAGAGCUUCGGAGAACGAGGACCGGUGGAGUCGGAGCUCCCGAGGAACUCCAGAUCCUCGUGAACGCGAGGCCGUGUGCAAAUCUCCACCACUCUGGAGCCCUGCACAAGAUCUGUGCCCUCCAGUCCUGCAAGCAGCUGGCAGCCCCCUUGCUCGCCGGAGCUGCCCUCGUUGCUGGCACGGCGGCAGCCUUGGGGUUCGUUGCUGGCCUCCAACUGGCUUGGGUCCGCUUGUCGCCGCGAGUAAGACGGAGACUGCACCGCGAGAAAAACCACAAUGGCCAGGGGGAGAGCAAUGGGGACAGGACCGCACCGUUGGGGGUUGUUUGCGAAUGUGGAGCUAUUAUCCAGGGCAAAUGCACUCCUGAGGAAAUUGCCAGACAUAAAGCCUCGAACCGCCACAAGCGCAACAUGCUGCGGCACAGCAGCAGGGAGGUUGUGGCUUGCGAGGAGGUGUCCGAGUACCGCGCUGCCGUUCUGGCUUUGGUGAACUCCAACGACGUGGUCUUGGAGGUGGGUUCGCAUGUGGGCGGCACAACCAAGGUGAUCGCAUCCGUGGCUGGUCGGGUGGUUGGCGUUGACCAGCAGCCAGAACUCGUGGCGCAGGCUCGCCAAAACUAUCCGGAAAUCCAGUUCGAGAACUUCGAUGCCUUUGACUCCACAAAGCUGGUGGCUUUGGCCAAGUCACUUCCUCAGCGCAUCACCAAGGUUUGCAUCGACAUCAGCGGCAGCCGCGACCUGGCUACUGUAAUCAGACUGAUGGACUUAAUUGACAAGACGAUCAACCCGGACAUAAUGCUCGUGAAGUCACAGGCAUUGAAGAAGAUGCUGUUACGAGCUCGUCUAUGGAUCGAGCAUCCUUUGAAUGCCAAAGUGCUUUGA